AUGCUCGCUUUAAUACGGUAUAUGACGUUGAGAAGUCGUGGCAAUGCUGGCGGUAUACAGAUUGGCUUAACUCAUUCCUACUUUGCCAUUGGAGCCACAAUUUGCUUUAUUGCCAUCGUAAACGCUCCGAAUUUUCUCACCUAUAAAAUUCACGAGAUACGGUUGAACGACACUUGCGUAGUCAAGGAUCCCUCACUUGUCGGCGCCGCGGCGUAUCUACCUGGGAUAGCGGAGAUCGCGUUGGCACGACACUGUCUCGUGUUUCGACUAGUGUUUUGGAUUUCGGGUCUCGUCUUUAAAGUAAUACCGUGCUGCCUUUUGUCGCUGUUCGUGUGGUUACUGCUCGGCAUUCUCAAAGAGGUGAAGGCGAAUCGACAGCGGUUGUUGCAGAGCUCCCAUUCUGUAAGCAGCAAUGAACGUAAUGGAAAGAACUCUCUCUGUUCGAGUACUGAUAGAUUUAAGCACCAUCGAACUUCCAGUAUAAAAGUGGCAAGCAGAGAAAGGGUUGAUCGAACAACGAAUAUGCUGUUGGCCAUCGUCUUUGUGAUGCUGUUCACUGAAAUGCCUCAGGGAAUUAUGGCUUUACUGUCGGGUAUGAUAUCCCAGGAAUUUCGCCGGCACAUCUACAAUAACCUUGGCGAUCUCUUGGAUUUGUUCUCAUUGUGCGAGGCUUGCAUGUCGUUCAUCAUCUAUUGCUCAAUGAGCGGACAAUUCAGAAACGAGUUCCGCCGGGUGUUCAUCCCGAAAUCGAUGCAUUGCCCUCCACACAGCUCGCCGUCGAUGCGUCGUCCAUCUAAAGCUUACACGAAAAUGACGCACUUGAGGCCGAACGAAAUCGACGAGAACGGGUCGUAUUCUCACUACGAUUCGGAUAAAACUGGCGCCAUCAAGGUCGGUAAGCAGCGUUUCCCAUCCUUAUAUAUCUCUACUCUGCAAAAUCACAUGUUGUUAGCAAGUACUGAGUAA